AUGGCUGAGCAUCAAAGUACAACCAUACAGACUUUCUUGUCACCUUAUGUAAGACAUUUACUGGUAGAAAUUGGGGAUAAAAUCCAGAAUAAUUCAGAAACAAAUAUGCCCAACUUGUAUGUUACUUCAAAUAAUACAUUUAACUGGAAAGAAAUAAAUAUUUUACUUGGAAAUUUGUCAGAUUGCUUUAAUAUUCACAAUCAGCCAGGAGAUUGGUUUAACACAGUAGUUCACAAUCUCUGGCCUGUGUUUAUUGAAGCUCACAAAAGCAUUAGAAAUUGUACCCAUCAACAACUUGAACAAGUGUGGAAACUGUCACAAUGGACCAGGAAGGAAAAUGAAAUCCAAGAGUGUUACAAACAUUUUAGUAAUUAUUCUCCAACUGGAACUGUUGAAGUAAUUUUGCUUCUUACUUCAAUACUGGAGCGCUCCUUAGGAAAUGUUUUUCUGUUAAAAGGUCAUAAUGUUCCAUUCCUUUUCAAAGAUCUCUUGUCAACUAAGGAGUUGGCUUCUAUCCUGGGGACUUUUCCUACUGUGUUUAUACAAGUGUUGCUAGGAACACCAGUAGCACUGAAUCUUCGUAAUAUAACAUGGCAUGGAUUUCCAUGUCCUCAUGAAAUUAAGCCUGAACUUGGUGCUGUAUUUUUCUUGGUCAUUGCUUCAAUUGGAGAGAUACUAGCAACUAAACACUUCACUGUCAAUUCCUUGCCAUGUCGUCCUCAAGUGUCUACCUUGAUUUACCAUUCAAAUUUGUUAGAAGGAUGUUUCCCUGACUUGCUGACAUACAAGACAGAAAUAAGAAACAUAUUACUUAAUUCACAUCAUAUUGCACACUCGCAUCUUUUGUACUGGGAGGCCAUACUGGAGCAUUAUUUCAAAUCAAGGUAUGAUAAGUGUCUGCUGCUACUGCUACCCCAAAUUGAACAGGUGCUUCGAAGCAUCUUCUGCUGGGCUAAUGGCUGCCCUGAGAGAGUGCUUACAGCUGAAUCAACGUCAUUUUACACAACACUUGAUGAAAUACUGGCAGAGAAUAUAAAUGACAUGAAAAUUAAUAAAGUGAGAGCAGUUUUAGGUGACUGUCUCAUUGAAAUGUUGCAGGAUAUUUUUGUGCAUCAAAAAGGACCAAGAAUAAGGGACAAGAUUAGCCAUGGUGAAUGUGAUUUAUGUGAUGUUACACAAACUCUUACAAAUCACAUUAUUUGUGCAACACUGGCAUUAAUUAUAAAAGCAAGAGAAGAGGAAACAAAUGUAGAAGACAGUUCUGGCCUCCAUAGCAUUACCAAACUUGUGACAGAUGAACUCCUUGCUUAA